AUGGCGGUCUCACCACGCAAGCAGAACAAGAUUGUCAUUGUCGGGGCAGGCAUCUUCGGCCUCUCCACGGCCCUCCACCUCGCCAAGCGCGGAUACACCGACGUCACCGUCCUCGACCGCCAGCCCUACCACAAGACCCUCUACUCGUACUUUGCCGGGUGCGACGGGGCGUCCGCCGACAUCAACAAGAUCAUCCGCUCCGCGUACGGCAGCCAGACCGACUACCAGGAGCUCACCUUCCGCGCGAUCGAGCAGUGGAAGGUAUGGAACGAGGAGCUCGCGUCCGGGCAAUGCGUCCCGCCAGGGAUGACGAGGGACGACAGGGUGUUUUACAACACGGGAUCGCUCUCCUUCAACGACACGCCGGAGCUGCCGGCCUGGGAAGUCGAGACCCUGACGGCCAUGGACGCGCAUGGACACGGACACACGCAGUUCGCCACGAGCGAUCCGGCACGGGUGGCGCAGGCGGAGCGCGCGGGGCUCAACAUUGAUCCGUUCAAGCUGAGGGAGAGAGGAAGGGCGAGUCGGGCUGUCGGCAUCCUCGACUCGAGCGGCGGCACGGCUGCGGCAGAUAAAGCCUGCCGCUUCGCACUGCACAAGGCGGGGAGUCUCGGCGUCAAGUUCAUCCUCGACCCCGUAGCGGGGUAUUUUGAGUCAUUAUGCUCCGAGGGCGACAAGACAGAUACCACUUCUCCUAGUGCGACGGGGAGGAUAGCAGACACGGUCGUCACGGGUGUCCGCACGCGCGACGGCAAAACACACCCGGCCGCGCUCGUGAUAAUGGCUUGUGGCGGCUGGACGCCCACUCUUGUCCCCUCACUUGACGGCCUGGCAGAGGCCACAGGAGGAUCCGUUGUGCUCAUCAAGAUCCCCCGAGACCGGCAGGAUCUCUGGGCCCGGUUCGCGCCCGAGCGGUUCCCGUCGUGGAUGUACAAGAUGCGCGAUGGCGCCGAGGGCGGUCUAUACGGGUUUCCCCGUGACGAUGAGGGAUACGUCAAGAUUGGGUAUCGCGGAACAAAGUACACGAAUCCUAUCGCGAGUCAGGGCAAUGGAGAUGAGCGAGACGAAGAGAGGAGCACACCGGUCACACGAUGGUCUUCGCCGUCGCUAUCGCCGUCGACAUCAGCCGACGACCAGAGCAGCCGGCUCACCCAGAUCCCCGCACAAGCCAUGCGCACGAUGCAGCGCUUUGUGCACGACUUCCUCCCCGAGCUGGAGCCGUUCGGCAUCGCGAUGACACGGAUGUGCUGGUACACCGACAGCUUCGACAACCACUUUGUCGUGGACCGCGUGCCGGCCACUAGGGGUCUGAUGGUUGCGACUGCGGGGAGCGGGCACGCGUUCAAGUACCUGCCGAUUCUUGGGGACUGGGUUGUCGACGUGGUGGAGGGAAAGAAGCAGAGAAGUGUUACUGAGUCGUGGAAGUGGCGCCGGCUUGGAGAGGGUGCCACCCCAUACAACGUGUUGAUGGAGGGUAGUGCUGGGCCGAGGGCGUUGAAGAAUGUAGACCUCUAUCCAGACGGGGAGGAUCGGGCAUUGCAUGCCAGAGCAAAGCUGUGA